GCGACUGUAGAUACGGAACCUGUUUAUUUAUCACAUAACAUUUCCAAUUCGAAAUAGAAUCAAAAUGGGCAGACCUCGAGGAAAAAAGCACGGCGGUCGAGGCGGUGGACGAGCUCCUCAGACUCGAGACAACGGAGCCGGCGAAUGGAAGGUGUUCAGCCCUGCUGACUACAAGAACGAGGCAUUCGAGGCGUACUACAAGGAGCAAAACAUCAUGACCCCCGAAGAAUGGCCCGAAUUCAUGUCCAGCCUCAAACAAGAACUUCCCUUGACUUUCCGAGUUACAGGCUCCCGAGCCCACGCCGAGACUAUCAACGACAUCAUCAAGGACACAUACGUUCCCAACAUGCAGAAUGUCGAGUUUGAAGGCAAAAAGUACAACCCCCCAACCCAGCUUGCCUGGUAUCCUGGUCAGCUCGCAUGGCAGGUCAACGCUCCCAAGCGUGUUGUGAGAAAGACGGAGCCUUUCAAGAACUUUCAAAGAUUCUUGGUUGGAGAAACCGAGGUUGGAAAUCUGAGCAGGCAGGAGGCAGUUUCUAUGAUUCCCCCUUUGUUCCUCGACGUUCAACCCCACCACCACUGCCUCGACAUGUGUGCCGCCCCUGGUUCCAAGACUGCCCAAAUCAUUGAAGCUCUCAACCCCCAUCACACUACCUCUACCGGUCUUCUUAUUGCAAAUGAUUCCGACUACAAGCGAACCCACAUGCUUGUCCAUCAGACUGGUAGAAUGCCGAGCAAAGGACUGAUGGUUACCAACUUUGACGCUUCCAUGUUCCCCGCCAUCAAGUUGGAAGAGGGCAAGAACCUCCAGUUUGACCGAAUCCUCGCCGAUGUACCCUGUAGCGGCGACGGUACCCUCCGCAAGAAUAUGGAAAUUUGGGCCAAGUGGGGUGUCGCCGACGGCAACUCCCUUCACUCUCUUCAGCUUCGUAUCCUCGAACGCGCCAUGAACAUGCUCAAACCCGGCGGUCGAUUGGUUUACUCUACCUGCUCCCUCAAUCCCUCUGAAGACGAAUCCGUCAUCGCCGCCGCACUACUCAAACACACUCAAUUCUCUCUCGUAGACGUUUCAUCAGAUUUGCCUGAAUUGAAGAGGAGGCCGGGAAUGGACAAGUGGAAAGUUGCGACCCAGGAAGGCAAGGAUGGGGAGAUUCACUGGUACGAAACAUUUGAUGAAUACAGGAAGGCUGUGGAUGAGGGCAAGGAGAAGGAAAAGGGCGAGAAGGGUAAGGGCUUGCCGAGCAGUUUAUGGGCGCCCGAAAACGUGGAGAGUCUCAAUCUCAACAGAUGUAUGAGAUUAUUACCCCACGACCAGGACACUGGCGGUUUCUUCGUCGCCGUUCUUGAGCGAGCUGGUGCCUCUCAAACUUCAUCACUCAAGAGGCAAGCGAGUCCGGUGGAGGGGGAGGCGGAGAUCAAGCGAGCGAGGGAAAAGUCACCCGCGCCUGCCGCGUCUGCUGAGGCUGAAGCUGCCCCUGCGGCUGCGGCUGCGGCUGCCGAGAGUGCAGUUAAGGCAGAGAAGCCAGUGACAACCAAGAAGGAAAAGAGGGAUAACUCUUUCAAGGAGGAUCCAUACUCCUAUGUCGACCCUUCCCACGCAGAAGUCAAGGCCAUCAUCGAAAAGUUCCAGUUCAAGGACACUUUCCCCAGAGACAACUUGUUGGUUAGGAACGAGUACGGAGACCCCCUUCGAACCAUGUACCUUACCAAUGACAUUGUCAAGCAAAUCAUCCUUAACAACGAUUACACCCGCAUGCGUCUCAUCUCCGCCGGUAUCAAAUCCUUCACUCGUCAAGAUUCGGCCACAUCCAAAAAUUCUGAGCUGAUCUGCAAGUGGCGUCCCCCAAUCGACGGUAUCCUCGAGCUCCUCCCUCACCUCGGCGACGGUGUCCUCAUCGAAGGUACCCUCUCCGAACUCCGCACCUUGCUUGAAGACCACUACCCUGCUCUCGAAAAGUUCAAGAGGAGUGAAUGGAAAGAGGAGAUGGAGAAACGCGAGAUGGGCGCCGCUGUUGUCAAGUUUAACGCUGGGAACUGCGAUGGCGGCGAACUCAAGUUGCCGAUGUAUCUUCCUAUCUGGAAGGCCAAGAUGAGUUUGAGCUUGAUGAUCGAUAAGCGAGAGAAGAGUAUUCUCUCACUGCGAACAUUUGGCGAGGACAUUUGCAAACCUCCUCCUAUUCAGUCCGAUCAGAAGGUCGCUUCUGCCUCUACUGAUCCCACUCCAGCCUCUACUGAUCCCACUCCAGCGGAGAAGGAGGCACAGAAAAUGGAAGAUCUUGUCGCCGGCGACGCAGAGGGUGAGGGAAAGCCUGGGGUAGCUCUGGCCACUGAAGGAGGUGAGGAGGUGGUGGCUUGAAAAGAAACAAUUUUGGUUCCAUAUUGUCUUCUUUCAUUUCAAUUAUUCAUGGCAUUGCAAUGUAUGUCAAUGGCAGGUUAUAAUCGAAGCAAGUCAAACGUCCUUAUGAAUGAGUCCAAACAUAAUAACAUUCCCCCCACCAAUAGUCAUCGAGCAAGCUCUACGUUGGGACGAAAUA